UUUUGUGCCUCUAGCCGUGAUAACAUUCACAAAACAUGUUUAGUAGUGGAUUUUUUUUAAUUGAAUUUACUUCUACAUGUUCUUUAUAAACUCGUGAGUAAUAAUAUUUUAUUGUUUUUUUUUUUUUUAUAAUUAUAAUAGUAGAAGAUAGUUUUAAUUGCUCAAUUGGUUCCAUCGCAGAGUACCUAUGAUCUUGCUAUCGUAAUAUUUUAUUUACAUCAAUAUAAUAGUAUUAUAACAAAUCACCAGUGACCGAAUAUUACUGUUUUGAAGGUUUCCUGCAGUCUGCUACUUUCUUCUACUACAAUAAUAUAAUAUAAUAUAUUGUCCACAGUCUUAUAAUAAUAAUAUUAUUAGAUACCAACCUAUAUAUAUAUAUAUAUACAUAUAUAUUGUUCUUGUUUUUUACAAUUGUUAAAUAUUAUAGACUACGGUAGUAUAAAAUAUUAUUAAACACAAUACCUAGUAUUGUUAUUAUACAUACACAUAAUAAUAUUAUCUGCGUACGGGUUGUAAAACUGCACAGAACUUGGCUCGGUCCUUGAUGUCUUCAUUCUCGAUCAGUACCGGACAUCACACAUUAUACGGCACUAAAGAUAACUUAGUGGACCAAGACUUUAAUUGGCAUUGUAUUAAUAACUUUAACAACUAUCAAAAGGUUCGUUUAUACAUUAUCCGUGAUUGAAAUUUUUUUUUUUUUGUGAUGGAUGUUAAUUUUCAUUUAACACAAUAUUGUUAUGUCUCUUUCUACAGUUCUUGAUGAGCUUCGAAAUUGAAAAUAGCAAUCUAAUUUUUCUUUGUGCAUGGACUAAACGAUUUCAGUCUGCUGCAGUUUCUAUUGAAUAAUUCAAAUUAUUUAAUUGAACAACAUCGCAAUAGUUGACAAUUAUUUUUUUUUUUACCUGAAACUACAUUUUAUUUUCAUUUUUGUAUAAUACCUAUUUUUAACAAAAUAAAAAUGUAAAAAAAAAAAAUGCUAAUAAUAAUUUUUGGUGUGGUUUUCUUAUACAGGAUAUAGUAUUAUAACUGUGAGUUUUUUAAAGCUAAUUAGUAGUAUAACUAGUUAUCACAAACUAUUAUGGAAACUAACAAUAUUAUUAUAAUAGACAACAAACAAAACUAUAUAUUUUAUUUGGAAGUAUGUGUAUGUGUAUAUCAUUAUUAUUGUAUAAGAAACACAAAUAAUACCAGUGGUGUUGGUUUAUAAAUUAAUUUUGUAAAUAUAUGGUAUUAUGAUAAUACAUAACAAAAAUCAUAAUUAAUAGUAUCUAUUUUAUUAAUCGAUAACAUUGUGUUUAUUCUAUAGAAGUGCAAAAACAUGUCGCAGUGCGACGUCACAGAAGCCGGUGUUCCUCUCAACUCCCCUGCUUUUCUUUCUUGGCGUAAACUCCAGUUGAGUAGAGCUAAACUCAAAGCUUCAAGCAAAACUUCAGCACUUUUAUCCGGUUUUGCCAUGGUAUGGAAUUUAUAUUUUGUAAAAAGUUAUAUUGAUUUUUAACUUAUAAUAAAUUAUAUCUUAUCGCCUGAUUUAUCUAAUUUUAUGCUUUAGGUGGCAAUGGUAGAGAUGCAAAUUAGUGACGAUUCCAAAGUACCAGAAGAAAUGCUCGUAGCGUUUGCAGUGUGUACCACUCUUUUGGUUGCUGUGCACAUGUUGGCUCUGAUGAUAAGUACUUGUAUCUUGCCGAACAUUGACGCAGUGUGCAAUCUUCAUUCGGUAAGUCUCGUCCAUGAAGCUCCACACGAACGUCUACAUUGGUAUAUUGAAACGGCAUGGGCCUUUUCAACACUUCUUGGUCUUCUAUUAUUUCUAGCUGAAAUAGCCAUAUUGUGCUGGGUUAAAUUUUACGAUAUAUCCAAAUACGCAGCUUGGUCCGCCGUAAUCAUGUUGAUCCCGGUAUUGGUAAUAUUCUUAGCAUUUGCCAUACACUUUUAUCAAUCUAUGGUUGCUCAUAAAUACGAGGUGACAGUGAGCGGCAUUAGACAAUUGGAGUUACUUAAAGAACAAAUCGAAGCUGGUGAUCUGGAACGCACAAAUGGAUUAUUACUAAAUACGCCCAGCACACAGAUUGUUUGACAGUGCCUUUUCAAAGAGAUGUGAGGCGAUGUCAAAAAAAGCUGUCUUCAUAAAUAAUAUAUAAUGGUGCUUUAUUAUUUUACAUUUUAAAAAAAUUUUCAUAUUGUUUGUUACUAAAUAUUAUGAGUCAUAUUGUUGACAGAUAACUUAAAAGUUUUUUUUUUUUUUUUUUAGUACUACUAAUAAUUACCAUAUUAUAAUAUCUACCUUAUUAUCAAUUGAUUCUGUUAUGAGGAAAUGUUAGUAAGAAUAUUUUCUACAUGUACUAUGUAUUAAUUUUACAUAACUUAAUAUUCUCUCUGAAGCUCAUUUAUUUCCUAGACUAAAUAUGUUAUUUUAUAAAAGUUUAAUUAAUAUUAAUAUUUUUAAAUAAUUUGAAAUUGAGCAAUAAUUAUGUAACUUUAUCACUCUUAGGAAAUUUAUUAUUUGUUAAGAUAUUCAUAGUUACAUUAAAAUUGCGAAAUUAUUGAGUUAUAGUUUUACCAAUAUCAUUUGAUACUAUUAUUAUUAUUAUUAUUAUUAUUCGAAUCUUCAAUUAUUGUGCCUUUUUUUACGAUGUAUAAUACAACAAUAUUAUAUUAUUAGCCUUUGAUCAAUAUUCGACUGGAAAUUUAAAAUUGUUCAUAAUCAUAACACCUCGCAAACAUCAAGUCUAUAACCAUUUAAUUACUAUGAUUAUUGAUAGUGUAUUUUGUUUUCAAGUUUUUACUACAAACUAAGUUUUAUAAUUUCAAUAUAUAAGUGAUGAGAUAGUUUGUACUAUAUAUUUUCAAUAUCAUCUUUGAAUAUAAAUUGAUUUUUGCCUUACCUGUAUAUUUAAACAAGAAUUGAUAGGAAAUUACUAACAUUUUUGUUGGUAUAUUUUUUUCUUUAAAUAAUAAUAAUAAUAUUUUAUUUUUUUUAUUGAUUUGUUAUUAUAUAUUUUUCUUUUACUUUAACAAUAAUGUAUUUUUUUAUUUUUGUGAGAAUUUCGGUUUAUUUUUAUUGUUCUAAUAAUAUUAUGUUUAGUGCUCUAUGUAUUUUAUACAUAUAAUUUUAAGAAAAUGCAUACAGUAAAUUUUAGCUGUUUGUACAUUCCAUAUUUGUUAAAAUAAUGUACCCGUCUCUAAUGAUAAUACCUAUUUGUAAACUUAUAGUUUUAAAAAUAUAUUUGUACUUAUUAGAAUUUAGAACUCUAUACAGUUUAGUAUUGUGAUAUAGAAUAGAUGUGAUAUGUGAUAAGUAAUUUUUAUUAAAAUUCAAGUAGAAAGGAAUAAUAAAUGAUUAAGUAUAUAAUUUCAGUUGUUGUUUUGUCGUGAGAGCAGUCUUUUGGUUGGUCUGUAAAACGUAAAUUAAGUUUGAAUUUUGUAUUUUUGUUAUGUACCCAAUAUUUCAAUUAUAUUUAUUACUUUAACGACAUUUAAUAUUAUUUCCUUAAUAACACUAAUUGUAUCAGUUGGUUUCGUGGAAAUUAAAAAUAUUUCUGCCCAAAGCUGUUUGGUCUC